CUCAGCCUGCGACAGCCACACUGUGUUACUGGGAGGCUUCAGCACCGCUGAAACGUGAAGGAGUUUGCAAAGCAAGUGUCCAGUAAUGUCCAAAUACAGUUUCUACGCUGUCGCCGUUUUAUUCCUUCGCCCUGACCUCGUUGCUUCUGCAGGACACCAGGAAACAUGGAAGGUAAACCAGGAAUUCCCCUGUGCCAUUGGCGGAUCCAUUUUGUUGCCUGGUUUUAACGGUGAAGUUAAGAAUGUACAGCAUAUUCGGUGGGAGUUCGGCGAUACACGGAUUCUAGAUUACUAUGAUAAAUCAAAAAACGCCAGCUUCACCAACCCAUACAGGAACCGAUGUACCUUCUUCUCUUCCAAUGGAUCACUGCUAUUGGAAAAUAUAGUGAGCCACGAUGAGGGACUCUACAAAAUUACCAUCAAUUUAGAAGCCAACAGAAGCAAAAUCAUAAAACUGCAUGUUAUUGAACGACUGUCAAAACCUUUGAUCAGCGGUAAUUCUACCUUUGUGGACACCGACAUUGCACUGGCUUGCCAAAUACCUGUGGGAAUUCCACGUUCCAUUCUCUGGAUGAAAGAUAACGAAGUGAUAAACAGUGGCCAGUACCAGUUCAUGGAAGACAAUCGCACGUUACUGAUUUCUCAAGCCAAGAAAUCGGACUGCGGGAUGUACUCCUGCUUAAUAGAGAACGCUGUGAGCCAGGAGAACAGUUCUUACCAGCUUGAUGUUUACGGUUUUUCAACUCUGCAUCACUCUACCUUGAAUCUGUCCAUUGUAGCACUAAUUUGUGGAGUUGCUGUCUUCGUCGGCAUAAUAAGUUUCUGUUUGCAUGAAGAAAGCACAAUCACUCUUCCUUUGCAAAAAAAGAUGCUGCUAUUUCACCUUUGUGCUGGAGCACUUUCCCUCAUUGUUCUCUUGGCUGCAAUUUUGUGCUGGGGAGCAACUGCAGGAUAUUCUGACGUCCCAGUGACCUUGAUGGUGAUUUUGUGCCUUCUGCUAAUACUGGUUAUAUUGGCGAUGUGUAGUAUGAAGGAAUAUCACACGAACUGGAUCAAUAAAAUGUUCUCAACCAAAUUUUGCAGGGUCAUUCUGGAUGUCGUAAGCCCCCUGAGUGGAAUCAUCGUCAUCUGUUCAUCUUCAAUCCUGAUCUCAAAAAUAACAAAAGAAAGCGGAAAAGGGUGCAAAACGCCGGCCAAUUUACAGACAAGUAUCAUCUUUACUGUGGUGGUACCAUUGAUAGUUCUGGUGAUCAUCUUCACAGUUUAUGCCUUAUUUUAUGCAAAACACAAGAAGCAACAGAGGGGAAAUCGGACGGAUCAACAACAAGGUGUCGACAUCCCCCUCACAGCAGGUGAUUCUGUUAAUGGAACAGAGCCAUCUAAUAGGACAGAGACUGGUGGACACGUGGAAUGCUCUGCCCCAGAAGGCAGUGGAGGCCAAGGCUCUGGAUGCUUUCAAGAAGGAGAUGGACAGAGCUCUUAAAGAUUGUGGAAUCAAAGGUUAUGGGGAUAAGGCAGGAACUGGAUACUGAUAGUGGAUGAUCAGCCAGUGCUGGCUCAAAAGGCCAAAUGGCCUACUCCUGCACCUAUUGUCUAUUGUCAUCUUAAACACAGAACCCCAAAGGGAUGAAAGGCGGCACAAUCAAGAUUCAGUGAUCCUUUUCCAGCAACUAACAAAAUCACUUACUACAUUAUUAAUUGCACUAAUUAAUUAAUCGUUUUUUUUCUGGCAAACAACAGCCUGUAACUUCCCUCUGUGAGUUGUGCUUUUUAAGACGACAGUACACCUUGGACAAUUUAAGAUUCCCGCUAGAUUGGAAAGUUUGGGUGGUGGGGGAUGAUGUUCAGCUCACUGCUCCAUGAGGUUUACUUUCAUCUGCUCUGAACUGAUUUUGCUCGUCAAGCUCUUUGACUGGCUCCAGCGGUGCAUCUGCUCUGUGGCCGUGCUCUCACUUUCCAUUUUCGUGGACUCUGCAUUUUCUGUUCUUGAGGAAACCAUGCUGACAAUGGCCUAUUUUAUCAUGUGCCUCCAAGUACCCCAAAACCACAUCCUUAACUAUCAACUCCAACAUCUUCCCAAUCACUGAGGUCAGACUAACAGGCCUAUAAUUUCCUUUCUUCUGCCUCUUGCCUUUCUUGAAGAGAGGAGUGACAUUUGUUGUACACACUCAAAUAUAAUGCCUUCAGUCCUAUAUUCUGGGGAAGGUGGGACCUGUACAGAUUGGAUGGGUUGCACCUGAACUCAAGGGGGAGCAAUAUCCUUGCAGGUAGAUUUGUUAGCAUGGUUUGGGAGGGUUUAAACUAAUUUGCAAGGGGGAUGGGACCCAGAGCGAUACAGCAGUGAAAGAAGUGCAUGGAGUAAAGCCAGAUCUAACCUAUAGAGAGGCUUUGAGGAAAGAGAAGCAGAAUAAAGGGUAUAAAGAUAGGAAGGUAGAAGGGCUAAAGUGUGUGUACUUCAAUGCAAGAAGCAUCAGGAGCAAAGGUGAUGAACUGAGAGCUUGGAUACAUACAUGGAAUUAUGAGGUAGUGGCCAUUACAGAGACCUGGCUGGCACCAGGCCAGGAAUGGAUUCUCAAUAUUCCUGGAUCUUAGUG